CGCCGUACCAGUAUCGCCACGUUAACCCGACCGGUCGUACACACACACGGCGUACGCGCAGCAGAGUCGACGACGUAGUCUCCGGCGGCGGUCGUGUCACGGGCGCAUAUGUUUUUACAACAACAAUAAAAUCAUAUUGUACCGGUUUUUUUAUUUGUUUUUCAGUUUCAUCUCGUUCUUAUUUUCCAUAACAUUUUUCUGUACUCAAACUUUUCCGUGCGGUAAACAUUCGCUCGACCGAGCCGUCCGCUUGCCACACCCGUCCACGUCGGGGCGCCCUAGACUCUUAGCGGCAGUGUUAUCAGCCGAACGAUGAUCGCCAAGUCCGACCGGCUCACCGUCCACCGUCGCACCGUGUAGGACUCGUUGCGUCGCGCCAAACGCUCAGACCAGUAACUGUAUCGCGUCAACCGUCCCGCGGAUUCCGGUCCGUCUGUUGCGCGUCGCGUCAAGGACGCGCCGAGAGGACCCGGCCGGUAACAAUAAUAUGAUAAUGGGCACGUCCAACCAGGAGCAGCAUCCCGCGAGCGCGAUCAAGAAGCCCACGGACUUUUCGAUCGACGCCAUUAUGCGCAAAGAUGACGCCGCCGAGUCCAGGCAAAACAUCGUGUUCGGCACCGAAGGCGAAGGUUCAAUGGGCGGCACUGAAGAUUUGGAUAUCGAAGUGGACGUUGUCGAAACGUCGGAACCAGAAGAUUUGGCUUCUAGCCGUUAUCAUCACCGGUCUUCAAUAGACACGGGCACGGGGAAGCAAAAUGGUGGAACAAGUGGCUCGAAGAAAAAGAAAUAUAGAGAAACGGUUAGCGCGUCCUCCGAGGAUGGAGACAGGACACCUCCUCCGCACGAUUCAGCACAGGCUCCGUCUAAAAACCUGUCGACAAUGUUGGCAAAGUGUACCAGCCCAGAUUUAGUGUCCACCGAAUGCUACCUCGAAUCCGUUUCAAAAGAACUCUGGACCAAAUUUCACGAACUAGGCACAGAAAUGAUCAUCACUAAAACUGGAAGGAGGAUGUUCCCGACGUUGCGCGUGUGCUUCCGGAAACUGGACCCCAACCAAAAAUAUUCGGUGCUCAUCGACAUCGUGCCGGUGGACAACAAACGGUACCGGUACGCGUACCACAAGUCGUCGUGGCUGGUCGCGGGCAAGGCGGACCCGCCCGCGCCGCACCGGUUGUACACGCAUCCCGACUCGCCGUUCACCGGCGACCAGUUGCACAAGACGUUCGUGUCGUUCGAAAAAGUCAAGCUCACCAACAACGAGAUGGACAUCAGCGGACAGAUCAUUUUGAACUCGAUGCACAGAUAUCAGCCCCGGAUACACCUGGUCAAGUGGAGGGGCAUGGUGACCGAUUUGGACUCGGAAAAGUACCGGUCUUUCGUGUUCCCAGAAACCGUGUUCACGGCCGUCACGGCUUAUCAAAAUCAACUGAUCACGAAACUGAAAAUCGACAGCAACCCCUUCGCCAAAGGAUUUCGCGAUUCUUCACGUUUGGGAGAACUAGAAAGAGACCCGGUGGACUUGAUGUUCCUGGAGCACCAGUACAACCAGCACCUGCUGAGCCGCGCGGCCACGCCAAUGUUCUGGCCGUCGCAGGACGGAGGUGGCCACCCCGGGCAGCAGUCCGUCAUGGAACAGCACCUCCAGCACCAGCACCUACAACAACAGCACCAGCAGCAUCAGCACCAGCAGCAGCAACAGGACCAGGCAAAUGGCGGUUCCGGAUUCAUGUUGGCCGCUGCGGCCGCCGCUCGGGCCCAGUUUCACAUGCUGAACAACGCCGCGGCCGCUGCUGCCGCGUCCUCUUCAUCGUCUGGCGGUGGUGGUGGUAGCGGUGGCGGUGGUGGUGGUGCCGGAAGGUCGUCGUCCGGCGGUGCCGAUGGUGGUGGACCACCACCGCCUCCGCAGCAGCAACAGCACUACCAGCACUCGGCCGCGGCCGCUGCAGCCGCAGCCGCGGGCAUGCACUCGCUCAUAGUUUACGGUAACCAUUUCCAACAGUCUCAGUCGCGGUUCGCGGCCGCUGCAGCAGCCGCGGCCGCGGCCGCCGCGUCCUCGUAUCCCGGGCCGCCGCCACCGCCCCCGCACCCUUCGUCCAUGUUCCCGUGGUCGCCGCAAGCGCAGUACCCCAGGUACGUGUCGGCGGCCGCAUUCCAGCCGCCGCCGCAGCAGCAGCAGCCAACGUCCACCGUGUCGUCGUCGUCCUCGUCGUCGCCGCCGUCGUCUUCGUUGUCGUUGUCGUUGUCGUUGCACGGACAGCAGCCGACCGCUGCCACGACCACCGCUACGUCCGCCGCGGCCAUCGUCCAUCACCACCACCAUCACGGUCAACUUCACGGCCACCACCAUCAGCAGCAACACCAGCACCGCGGUGGCUAUAGCCCCGCGCGGUCACCACCGGGCACGGGUUCGUCGUCGGCCGAGUCGCUGCCGUCGCCGGACGCGGACGGCCGGUCGGCCACCAAGUACCAAAAACGGCACUCGCCUUCGGCCGCCGGUUCGUCGUCCACCGCGGCCCGGUACGGUUCGCCGCCGUUCGACAGCCCGACCAAGACGGACGACCCUUAGACGGUCUCGUCGUGCGCGCACGAUCGCCAUCGAUCAUAGUUUAUUGUGUAAUGCGAUGCGCGAGAAACUGUGAGAUCGCCGGAAACAUAAAAAUCUACCGGAAUGACGCAAUCUCCGGGAACCGAAACGUUUACGUACGACCCCUCACUGUCGCGCCCCUGGUUCAUACGAUUAUUAUAUUUAUUAUUAUUAUUAUUAUUAUUACUAUAAUAGUUGUUGUAAAGCAGUCGUUUCCGCGCCGAUAACGCCGUCGCAGGCCAUGCCGUCGGGACCAGAAACGUUUUUCACGUCCGCACGACCCCUGGAGCGUUCGUCGUCCACCGGUAUGCGUAACGUAUUCGUAGUUAUAACUCUCGUCCCUUAUUGUACAUAUCCGUUCUUGUCCCGCGUGCAGAUGUUGCGAAAAUAAUACGGUGUGUGUUUCGCCCGUCACCAGACAACGUCCAUGUCCGGCGUCCUCGAUUUUCUCGAUCGUCUCGGCGGCGACGGGACCGAUGCGUCGUUUCCAUGUGCAAUACGCCCGAUGCAAUAAUGGUUUUAAAUGUUAUCGUUUCCUUUCCUGACCUUAUCGUUUUACCGUUUCGUGCGCUCCUAAGAGAACACCUCGCGCCACCCCUGUCGAUCCCGUCACUCGAUCACGCAGCAUCGGACGACCCUCGCCAAGCUCCCCCCGACACUUCAUCCGCUCAUCCGUGACGCGUUUAUUAUCGUUUUCGCGAGAAAAAAUUCACUGCGUCCUGUUAGCGUGAUCGCAUUACCCGAUUCAUAGUUCGCGUCACGAAAUUACAUCGCACCGGUCUUCGUUAACAAAUUAUAAUUACUGAGGAUUUUCCGAUUUUUUUUGUUGAUUAUUUCACUUCGAUCACAAUACGACGCAUUCUCGCAGUUACCAAAAACUAAGUUUUUUUUAUUAUUAUUAUUAUUAUUAUUAUUAUUAUCAUUAUUAUUAAUAUACGGUUUUGUUUUUCUUCUUCUCGCGUACGCAUGUUGCGCAAAAACGUUUCGAUUGUUUCAGUUUUUCUUAAAACGUUUUUAAGCUCUACGCCUCUACGGUGUUAUAGUUCGUGUAAAUAAAUAGUUAAACUAUGAUACUACAUUAGACUAUUAUAGACUAGGUACCAAAGAUAUGUUUUCUUAUUUUAUACAUACAUAUAUAUAUAUAAUAUUACGCAUUUUGCUCUGUGUGUACGUAUUAUUAUAUUUAGUCGUUGUAAAAUGCGCCAAUAAUGUGUAAUUAUUUUUACGUGUAAAUACAGUUAGAAUUUUUUUUUUUCAUUUACGCCGUAUACUCAAUACGUCUCUAUACAUAAACACAUAUGAACAAAUAUUAUUAUAAUUAGA